AUGGGUCCUUUCCAAUGGUUUCUGUUCGUUUACGUCCUCGGCGGGCUAACAUUUGUUCCGCUGCUGCUCGCUGUAGCGCUCUACAUUGGCUGGCGUACGCUUCCAGUUGAAGAGCCGAAUGCUGCGAAGGCAAAGGCGAACGAUCCAGGCCAGCUCACACGUUCUGGCGACGAGAAGCUGGUCUUCAAGACCGCAACGGAUGACCUAGCAGAGAAGUUCCACCGGAAGCAUGAUUCAGAUGUCGCGGCCGGCUACUUCGCUGUGUGUCGAGAAUGGAUACCGGGCGGUGUAAACGGGAAGCCUCCAGAUCGGCUGACUCCCGCGGGCGAGGAGAUAUCGAAAGAAUCACCCAGUGUAUACCAGACGAUGUACCGCAGCCUGUUCGACCGCUCCCAAAAACCGACCAUCGAACCGCAGAAGGAUGGCGCCGGCAAGAGUACGAAACGGGCGAACAACAUAUUCUACGUCGUCCUGAGACACGGUCAUCUGAUGCUAUACGAUGACAUACAGCAGUUGGAAGUGAGAUACGUGAUCUCGCUCGACUACCAUGAUGUUGACAUCUACGGAGGAAGUGAAGAGCCGCUUCCCGAGGGCGAGCUGUGGGUCAAGAGACAUGCUAUUCGGAUGACGAGGAAGGCGUCUAAGGGCUUUACAGAGAAACCAUCGCUACCAUUCUUCUUGUUUAGCGAGAACCUGUCAGAGAAAGAAGACUUCUAUCAUGCGCUGCUCAAGAACCAAGAGCGUUCAGUGCCAGAUGCACCCGUGGCCGAGGACUUCGACACAUCGUUCAUCGUCUCGCUGGUCCAGAAACUACACUCAUCGGAAGAACAGCUUCAGACACGAUGGCUCAAUGCGUUUGUGGGCAGACUGUUCCUAGCAACAUACAAGACGCCCGAAAUGGAAGACUUCAUACGUGCUAAGCUCACCAAGAAGAUCUCCCGAGUCAAAAAGCCAACAUUCGUUACCCGCAUAUCACUCCACAAGAUUGAUACUGGUAGCGGUGCUCCUUUCCUGACCAAUCCCCGACUGAAGGAUCUUACCGUCAAUGGUGACUGUGUAGCGGAGAUGGACGUUGAGUACACGGGUGGCUUCCGCAUCGAGAUCGGCGCAACUGCCGGAUCGAUCUGGGGCCACAUGCUCCUUCGUCUCAAGCCACCGCCCAGCAAUCGACUCUGGUUCACCUUCGAAAAGAUGCCGCAGAUGGAUCUCGCGCUCGAGCCAAUUGUGUCGUCACGUAAGAUCACCUACGGGAUCAUUCUGAGCGCUAUGGAGAGCAGGAUUCGGGAGGUCUUUGCAGAAUCUCUUGUGUUGCCAUUCUGGGACGACAUUCCGUUCCUUGACACCACUGGACAGAAGCACCGUGGUGGUAUUUGGAAGCGAGAGAAGAAGGACAAUGACGUUGAGAUUCCAGACGAGACACCCGAAGAUGAAGGGGAGACAGCCGCGGGGACCGCCGAGGAUAUGAAGGCUAUCAAGCAGGACGACCGAAACUGGAGUAUGCCUGCAUUGGCGGGUGGCAGUGGUGAUCAAAGCGCCAGACCUGGAGACAGGAGGUCAAUCGCAUCCUUGCCUGGUGCGGAUGGCACAACUGCUGAAGAAGAGAAGACCCCUCCCGCGAAAGUGCCGAGGAUACUUCGCACGCCCUCGUUUGGGAAUGUCGCGGAUCCUAAAGUGACGGCCAAUCACGCCGACAGCGACUACACGAAGUCAGAUGGCUCAUCGGAGGCUACACCGAAACGCGAAGCAGCUGCGUUUCUGAAGGAUCUGUCAGCCAGGAGUCCACCAGAAUCCCACGAAGGCUCUCCUCCGAAAGAGUCAGCAAUGGCAGAGGCGCUGUCGAAAGGUCGCUCUGGUAGUAGUGCCUCGAAAGCAUCAGUCGACAGCACGACGGCAGCGCCUCGAGACUCGACCAUCGAGCUGCCUAAGACUAUGCGUGGCAUUGAUUCGAAUUCUUCCUCCAGACCGGCAACGCCGGCUGAUCCAAGUCGGGAGUCGAAACGCUCCUCAACAUAUGAUGAAUCGAAGCCAAACAAGACGCUUGUACAGCAAGCAAGAUCCAUGACUGCAGCCGAUCGAAAGCAGGCUCUUGCCUCUGCGACCGCAGCGGCGCAAAAAUGGGGCUCGUCGCUGGGCUGGGGUGUCUUGAAGAACAAAAAAGAGGCAGCUGGAACAGAUCAGGCAUCAAGAAAUAACGAGCCUCCGACUCCUACUGCACCCAUGGGUCGUGGACAGCCAUUACCGCCUCCUGGUCAGCCUCUCCCUCGACCGAACAAGCCGAACAAUCUUAUGUCUAAUAUUCCUUUCAUGGCAUCAAAGAAGCCCACGUUGCCAAAGAGGUCCGACACGAACGCAGCAACGAGCGUCUCACCGAAGCCGUCACCUCAACUCAAACCAUCACAGCCACCCCCUCUUCCCCACCGGCGACGCAGAAGAAGCACAAAGCACAGUCUCGACCAGAGCGAUGGCGGCGACGAUCUCCUUGUAGUUGAAGCCCCAACCGAAUCAGCCCCAAACAGUCCCCAGGUAGAACGCAACAUAAAUCGCGACAGCUUCUUCGGCCAUGGCGAGCAUGCGGAUGACCUACCGCCAGACUACUCGGGAAGCGGCUAUGGCCUGGACCGUGCCGACUCGCCUCCACCUCAGCGUGUCAGCAAUGCGCGGCGCCAAGACAUGGCCCAAGCGUCACAUGAUCCUUCCUCUACAAAGAACGCCCCUUCCGAAAGCAGCACACCUGACCUCUCAGACAAGGAGGUCGCGCUAAGCCAGCGGCCGGCUGCGCCUGCACUGCCACCUCGUGCUGUAGCGCCGGCAGCCGUCGAAGAUGAGAUGCAGCUCCCGCGACCACCACCACCGGCUCGAACGGGAUCGGAUACGAGUGGUGACUCACCUCGGCUUUCGAGAAUUCCGAGCCCCAGUCCGAGUCGGUCGGCGACGAGUAAAGGCAGGAAGGCGCUGGGGCUGAACAAGAAGUCGAGUAAUCUGAGCUUGGGGGCUAGGAGUGCUACGCCUGAUGCUGGGUGA